AUGUGUCAGUCAAGUGCAUCUCAGGGUCCUGCCACUGCCACUGCCAACCAGCUAGACCCUGCGGUGCUGCAACUCGUCCCUGACCACCCAGCCGCCAAAUCAGCGCUGGACGUUGCUCUCCAGUCCCUGCCGCCCGCGAUACUAAACCACAGUUUCCGGACAUACAUCUACGCCAAGGCACACUCGUCUCUCCUCCGACAGCUCGACCCGGCCGCCGUGCUCAUCGAGCCCGUCUUCGUCGAGCUCCACACGCUCUUCGUGGCCUGCCUCUUCCACGAUCUCGCCACGGCGGAAAAGUACGACGCGGAUCCUGCCCGUUUUGAGGUGGUCGGCGCCAGCGAGGCAGCCAAGGUGCUGCGCGAAUCCCAUGUGAGCGAGGCGUCCAUACGCGAAGCCUGGCUGGCCAUGUCCCUCCACUCGACGUCGGGAAUAGCAGAGGAGAUGAGCGGCACGACUGGAGCCCUUCGCCGUGCCAUUGCGACCGAGUUCAGGGGCGUGCCCAGUCCGGAAUCUAUCCUGGAUGGGAAGGAGCUCGAGGUUAUUGGGAAACUCCCGCGCCUGGAUAUCGAGAAGGUUCUUGGCGAUGCGGUUGUCCGACAGGCGCUCGAGAAUCGGGUCAAAGCACCAGCGGCGACUUGGCCAGGCCAGCUGCUCAUCUCACACGACAAUAACCCUGGCUGGGAUGGGGUGAAUAAAGCAUUCUAG